CGCCGGCCUGACUUCGUCUCCUUGUCUUUCCCCUUCCAGGCUGCGGCGCUGCGGUUGCCUUCUGUGCGUCUCCUGUUCCUGCUAAGCCGGCUCUAGACGACCAAGCCCGGAGACCAAAAUGGCUACCCUGAAGGACAAACUCAUUACACCAGUCGCAGCGCCGGCGACCAAGCCGAACAACAAGGUCACCAUAGUGGGAGUCGGGCAAGUCGGGAUGGCUUGUGCAAUCAGCGUCCUGGUAAAGGGUCUUUGUGACGAGCUGGCACUGGUAGAUGUCAUGGAAGACAGACUGAAAGGGGAAAUGAUGGACCUGCAGCACGGAAGCCUCUUCCUUCACACUCACAAGAUCGUAGCGGACAAGGAUUAUGCUGUCACCGCCAAUUCUAAGAUCGUUGUGGUUUCUGCCGGUGUCCGUCAGCAGGAAGGGGAGAGCCGCCUUGACCUGGUGCAGAGGAAUGUGAAUGUCUUCAAGUUUAUUAUCCCCCAGGUGGUGAAGUACAGUCCGGACUGCAUCAUCCUUGUUGUGUCCAACCCAGUGGAUAUCCUGACCUACGUCACGUGGAAGUUGAGUGGCCUGCCGAAGCAUCGCGUCAUCGGCAGCGGUUGCAACCUCGACACAGCUAGGUUUCGCUACCUGAUGGCGGAAAAACUGGGUGUCCACCCCUCUAGCUGCCACGGCUGGAUCUUAGGAGAACACGGGGACUCGAGCGUGCCUGUUUGGAGCGGCGUCAACGUGGCUGGCGUUUCUCUCCAGGACCUGAACCCUGCGAUGGGGACUGACCAAGAUCCUGAGAACUGGAAAGAAGUCCACAAACAGGUUGUUGCCAGCGCCUACGAGGUGAUCAAGCUUAAAGGCUACACCAACUGGGCCAUUGGCUUAAGUGUCGCUGACCUGCUGGAAACCAUCAUGAAAAACCUUUGCAGAAUUCAUCCCGUAUCUACCAUGGUGAAGGGGAUGUACGGUAUCGAAAACGAAGUCUUCCUGAGCCUUCCAUCCGUGCUCGGAUCUACCGGGUUGACCAGCGUGAUCAAUCAGAAGCUGAAGGACAGCGAAGUGGCUCAGCUCCAGCAAAGCGCCAGUACGUUGUGGAACGUGCAGAAGGAUCUGAAAGACCUGUAGGCGUGGGCACGCUUCUCUUCCGGCAACAACCCAGAAGGCAGCCGAUGUUCAAAACCAACCCCGUGUUUCUGCACCAGCCCCUCUCAUUCUAACUCCCCAGGCGAGCUUCCAUUAGUCAUAGGAAAACGGUGCGAGCUUUUCAUCCGCCAGGGCUAAGAUGUGUGUGCUUGGUGUAACGCAGACCUCUGGAACAAAUAAAACCAGCUCCUUUUGUGUGCGCUCUGUUCUCCGAACAA